AUGUCUUCAUCCGAUGAUGAGGUCAGCCCCGAAGUUGAGCACUUCAAAUCUAUUCCCUGGUGCGCAGCGCAUCUGAAUCAGCCGGGCGUCGCCGUCGCCGAGACGUUUUGUCGCCUUCCGCCUUCAGUGAACUCGAACGUGUACUUCGGGCAAACUCUCAAUACAAAAGACACCAUCUCAAAUUUCAUCACAUUCUACACCGAGCCUGAAAAUAGUGACAACCCCAUUACUGAGCUCGCUUCCUUUAUUACUCUGGGCUCGCUUGUCAACACUUUUCCCGAAGUAUGCCAUGGCGGCGUGGUAAUGGCCAUCCUAGACGAGGUGAUGGGGCUGUUACCGCUUGUCAACAUGAUGCGUGGUGUGUAUCACGGUCCUCCUCAGGUCACCGCUUGGUUCAAUACCAAGUUUAUCAAACAUGUAAAGACUCCUUCGACAAUACUGGUAACAGCUCGUUAUCAGAAGGCGGAGGGCCGCAAACAUCUCAUCGAAGGGCGCAUUGAGGACGAACGUGGGGUUGUUCGCGCGUCCGCUGAGGGCCUGUUCAUUGAUUUGAAGGAGAAGUUGUAA